CAGAAACGCCCCAUAGACGCAGGAUACAUAAUCACAACAGUUGUGUUCUUCACACCUGAGGAGAGGAUCAUGAAGGCGACUGAGGCCCACCAAAGGGGGUAUGGGGUAGGAAACACUCCCACCAGGGUGAUUCUCCGGAGUUCAAAGUCUGCACUGGCAACGUACACCCAGACUGUAGCAGGGGUGCCCAUGAAGGUGUUCAAAACCUCGACUAUCUUUGAGAAGCAGUGGCUGACUGCUCGAGUUGAUGCUGUAGCUGCUUGUCCAGUGCUGGACGGUCAUAGUGUUUCCUUCACGCCCACCAUGAUCACUUGGCGCCUGCCCCAACGCAUUGACCCCUUAAUGUCCUCUGGGCGGGUUCAGCUCUUGGAGGUGUACUUGGGAAUCAAUGGUCAGACGCUUGAUCCUACUCGGAUGCCGGCCAAGCUGUCUACUGACGACUCGUACAUCAUUGUUCAGCUUCCUGUUGGGGCCGACGGUGGAUACUUUAAGAGCCAUAUCCAGGGAAAUCGGUAUCUCCUCUCCUAUACAAUCGAACCCAUGCUGGAGUUGCUCUGGACUGAAGAUGGAGAAGACACAAGAUACAAAGUCUUGUUUCCCAUCACGACGCCUUUGUUGUCACUGAAUCUUCAAGUUUUUGACGAGACUGUUCCGAAACAGCAAGUGUUUAAGCUGGUGCUUGGGCAUUUUGCUCCUGACGUGGUGCUGAUGAACAUCACCUUCCCCUCUGAGGUUUUGACUAUAGCACAGUGCCAUGCCAGAGGCUUUAACAUCAGAGAGCAUGUGUCCCCUAACAGCAGCUUGAAAGUCUUUACACUUGAAGUGCCCUUCACAGACCCUGCCGUGCUACAAUCGAGAGGAAUGGGAUUUAUAGUCUACUCUCUUCACCUGACCUUUGGUUUGCUGGUGCUGAAUGAGUUUGCUCCAUUUUCUCACACUGUUUACCUGGAAGCCACACUGGAAGAAAAGGGUCUGCUAAAGGUUUCAUGUUACUACGACCUCAACACAACCCACGCUGUGUCCUUCCACACCAGACCUCGCAGGAGUGAACCAUAUGCUGAAAAUGCAAAAGGCCAGCUGCAAGUGGCAAUGAGACUUUCUUUGGACGACUCCUUCAGAGAGUUUUACAGACUCGAGGACUCUCCCAUCAUGAAACAUCUCCAGCAGCCGCUGUAUUUUGAGGUGGAGCUCAUGAGUGCAAUAAAUCCUCAAGUAUCACUGGAGCUGGAGAACUGCUGGGUGACAUUGGAUGAGGACAAGAUGUCCCAACCCAGAUGGGAUCUGAUCAUAAACGGGUAA